CGGGUUAAGUCCGUUUUGACGGCAACAAUCUCUGCUCCAGUGCUCCCUUAGCAGAAACUGGAAAGACUAAAAUCGCUUCAUCAAAAUACAAAUGGCGGGAGUUGCCGCCGCCGCCGCCGCCACUUCUACACUUAUUUUAACGUCACCGCCUUCAUCCACACCUCUCUCAUCCCUGUCACUGCCACCGUCCCCAUUUCCAGGGCUCUGUUCAUCCACUCUUCCACGAUUUCACCACACAAACCCUAGCCUCACAAUUUGUCAUGCUAAGUUUAGUGGCUCGAUUAGAGAGGAAGGAGAAGGAAUCUUCGGGUCGAGUUUCGGGGAUGAAAUUAUGGCAGAGGAAGAGUAUGAGAGCGAUGACGAUGAUGAAGACGAUGACACAGAGAGCAGUAUAGAUUUGCUAAUUAGGUUUGUACGGAGCAUUUUCAAGAAGGUCUCCAAGCGUGCCAGGAAGGCCACUUCCUCCAUCUUGCCGGACAUCAUCUCGCCACAGCUUGUGUCUUUUGCUGUUGAUGGUGUUUUGAUAUUGGCUUCACUUUCGAUUUUGAAGGCAUUUCUCGAGGUGAUCUGCACACUAGGUGGCACUGUAUUUGUGGUCAUCCUGCUGUUACGUGUGCUUUGGUCAGCAGUUGAUUACUUUCAGUCUAGCAGUACUGGUUUUAACCAAAGUGGAGCUUCAUACGGCAAAUCACAGCCAGUUACGUGAUAUUCCGUUCUCUCUCCUUUUCAACUGUUGAGUCGUUUUAAACUCACAAUAUAUAUAGCAUAAUGGUGGAAAAAGUGAUUGUAUAACAAAGUUGUUUCUGUAAAUAUUACUUUGUGCUAUGUUAGCAAUGCAAGCUUUUGCAUACACUGAAAGAGCAAGGUUUUCAUAAA